AAAAAGCGACUUUGGCUUCUUCCUCUCCACUGCCGUUUCAUUUUAACCAAACUUUUGCGCCAUUAAUACACAAAAACCCCCUUUCCUUCAUUUUCCCUCUCUACUUUCCCCCACACACUCUCUCUCGCACAUGCACACGCACAGGAUCUCUCUUCUUCUGAUAAGCUGAAAAAAGUUGAAAAAUAAGAUCAAUAAUCGAUGGACGAAGAGAAAAGAGGUCUCGGGAGCAGAUCGAUUUUCAGCGGCGUCGGCGUCGGCGGCGGCCUGAGGCGAAGCCCUUCCGAGAUGGCGCUUUACGAGCUUUUUGCUUCUGUAGACGACGAAAACUUUCAAAACAGACCCAAUAGGAUCUUUGGAGGCUCUGGAUCCUAUAUUCACGACUUGUUUUCCGUCGAGGAUGGCGAUCGGGCGCGUUUGGCUCUCGAUAAUUCGGAAAAACUCAAAGAAUUCUCGGGUUCUAAUUCGUUUGCUGGUAACACUUCAAUCUGUUCUCAAAGUCUUUAUGCCAAACAGUCAAAGUUCUCGUUACCGAUUGACUCACAAUCUUCUAUAUGCGCUGGUAGCCCAUUAUCGGCAAAUGUUUCAAAGGGGGGAGAUAAUCAAGUAGUUGAAGAUAGCAGUGAUGAGCAAUCAGAUGAUGAUUUUGACAUUGAGACAGAAGCCGGUUCUUGCGAGCAAAACAAAAGUCCUAUAGAUAUCAAGCGCUUCAAAAGGCAUGUAGAAAGUGUUCAAAAACCCUUGAUGGUUUCUAAUAGAGAGUCCGCUCGGCGGUCGAGAAGAAGAAAGCAGGCACAUUUGACAGAUCUUGAAAAACAGGCCGAGGAAUUACGAGGAGAGAAUGCUGCAUUGUACAAACAACUUGUGGAUGCUACUCAGAGAUUCAAAGACUCAACAACUAAUAACCGAGUUCUUAGAUCUGAUGUUGAAGCUCUUAGAGCCAAGGUGAAGCUAGCUGAAGAUAUGAUUGCUCGUGGCUCAUUGACCUCCAGUUUGAGCCAUCUCCUUCAAAAUUACUUGACCGUCCCUCAAGACUACGCUAAUAACAACACAAGCUUCAUAGGGCCCCCAAUAAUGGCCCCACAUAUUGGAGACAAUAACUCUACACAUAACGAGAUAUCAGGAUCAACCAUUGGAAUCCAAAAUGCCGAGCCCUUCAACAGCGUGCUGAAUGGAGUUAUUGGUGAGGUAUCGACUUGGGAGUCUCAUAUCAAGUGACAGCAGGCUGCUUUUAUAAUACUGUUUUUAUCAGUCAAAGACUUCGUUACGUAUUACAAAAUAUUACCGUGGGACCCAUUGAUCUAAAUUGCUUUCCUAUUCGAGAGAAAAUCGGGAAGGUUAUAAUGGUAAGGUGAUUAUUAAUUAUAUUAUCACGAGACAUGCCAUUGCAUUUUAUAUCAUUCUGUGCAACAUUCAUCUAUGUUCGUAUUUUUUUUUCUCUGCUUUUUUUUCUUCGCUGCUCGUUGGUUGGGUAUGAAUGUUUGAAAGCAAGACACUAGACCGGUUG